AUGCCCGUGGUUGUUGAGGGUAAUUUUCGGCAACCGCCACCAGCAGCAUCCCUACAGGCAUCGCCCUCCACCACAUCCAGAACGAUGUCUCCGGACGUUGCGGACGCUUCCGCAUUCGCUAUGAUAGAAGUGUCCGGAUCCCAGUCCAAUCUUCCCGCUGUCGGCGAUAGUACGUUCAUCAACGGAACCGGUACGACGAAUGGGGCUGGUCUACUGCAUCCCUGGAAUGGGACAAUUCCGGACAUCUCGAGGUCACCGUCGGUUGGCGAUACUUUCGUGUCGGCUGCAGCCUCUUCCGACAUGCCGUAUCCUUCCUCUUUCUCGGACAGUACGGACGACUCCGAGUCGGGACCGGAUGAGGAGGUAGCGGAUACGGCCGAUAGGGUCUCCUUUGAGUACAUCACGACCGCAACCAUCACGCUCAGCGGUGGCAAUAAUUCGAUCGAUCCGGUAGACGUGACGGGUUCCGGUGGGCAUCUGCCACCGCCCAAUCGGUUGGAAUCGAACGGUUCUGCAAUACCGGUGGAAACCAACCCGGAAAUGCACACAAAGCAGAGAGCACUUUCUCCAGGUCAAGGUCCAUCAUCAUCAUCGUCAGCAACGACGUCCAUUUCCGUAACGAUCGCUUCAGUUGGUGAAGACUCUACCGAACGGGAGCUAAACGAAUCCCACGUCAGCGUAAAGAUUGUCCCGGAGAAGAAAGGACUCUUUCUGAAGCAUUCCGAAUAUGAGAUCAAGCUGAAGGGCAUGGAAAAAACGGUACGCCGGCGUUACAAAGAUUUCGUCACACUUCAUCGCUACCUGGCGGAGAAGUAUCCAUAUCGGCUUCUUCCAGCGCUGCCACCCAAGCAGCUGAUGCUGGACUCACUGCUCGAAGAGCGGCGCCGGGGACUGCAGACAUGGCUUAUAAUCGUGUCGCUUCAUCCCGUGCUGGGCAACUCACCGAUCGUUUGCACCUUUCUGCGCGAUACCACCACCGACCACCAGUACCGGUUGCGCGUGGCGUACGAGAAGCAAAUGGACGAGCUGGUUCGACUGCGUCCCGACGCAACGCUACCCGAUGUGGACGUGGACUCGCUAGCCGAAGCGCGAACCCGUUUACGGCGCGUCCAGCACAGCAUGGGACGAUUGCAACAUCUGUACGAUCGACGAUUAUGUCAUUCCCAGCGCCAACCGGCGGAAUGUGCCGAAAUUGAACGGAUUUUGCAAUGCCGCGACUUACGGGAUGUGUUCCGCGAGGACGGUACGUUUGAGGAUAUGUGCACGGGUGAGCGCUUUAUUGCCAAACAGUAUGAACGGUACGUGCAGGUACAACAGCGAGCCGUUGCGGAGCGGUUGGACGUUUUGCUGCAGGUGCUACAUGCCCACAGUGAACUGUGCGAGCGGAUCGAAAAAAGCAUCAUGGCAGACCAGCAUCGAGCUUUGGCCAAAUCCGCCGGAGGUAGUACCGGAAGCAAUCGUUCGAAAACAAUAGCUCCAGGCAAUAGUCAAAGUGCUACGUCAACCUAUGACGCGCCCGAUUUAAACCAUCUCGCCCGUCGUUCCGCGUUCGCAUUCAGCUGUGCCCAAGCUGAAACGGCACUAGCCGAACGCUAUCUGCAAUCGUUGCCUUCGAUACUGCUUUCGUACGCGCACGAGGAGCAACAGCACCAUCAGAAGAUGUCGAAGAUAUGGCAUCGUUUAGUGGUUAGCGAGUCUAGCAGGCUCGACUAA